AUGCCACGACAUAAGAAAUCGUCUAAAGGACAUUCUUGGGUUCAAAUAAGUAAUGAUUCAACGGUUGGAGAUGACGAGUCAAUUUGGGAUGAGGGAGAUCAGCCUACUACUUCUUAUAAUAUAGCCAGAAAACUUUCUAAAGAAUAUACUACAGAAGAAAAAACUUCAGCGAAAAAAGAUGAGGGAAAUUAUCAUUUAUUGCCUUCGUCUAUUGAUGUUAAGCAGAAUAAGGACAGGCAGAAUGAGACUAGGGUAUUACGUGGUAUGUAUAAAUUAACAAGUUUGCUGGAUGGACGUGAGUAG